AUUACUAGCCACUAAUACUACACGAUGGAACCUCGUCUUGCUGCAGGACGUCAAGCAACUGAACAGCGUUUGGAUGCAAAUCUUUCAAAAGCCAGCAGCAAAACUACUGAAGGCGCUGUUGCACUCGCGGAUCAACUUGUCCUCGAAUUUCUCUUUAUGGAAUUGACUGAGCCUCAAGCCGCUCAGAUGGCGAAAACUGCCGGUGAUGGAGCGCAACUUCAGUUUAUCAGCGCUAUGUUUGACCGCAAUCCAGUUUUGGAACAAUUGGCUGCAAGUGCAGUUAUUCAAAUACUCGGAGCUGCUCUACAACGUACGCUCCGUCACCACGAAGAGUUUGAUGAAUCCGCUGUCACAGUUGAAAACUCUCAGCAUAUUCGUCUUCUCUACCAGAUUCGUGAAGUUCUUCAACGUCGCAACACUUUGCAGCACACUGCAAAUACUACGGAUGUACCUCGAACUCUUACGGCAACCACUUUUCCUACAUCAGUUCAGCUCCAACAGCAAGAUUCUCUAUGCUCAUCCAAAACUGCUGUCUGCAACAAGCAUUGCGAAAGCUGCGAAAACAACCAGCAAAAGCUCCUAUACCUUGCACAGUUGAUGGAGAAUAUACGCAUCGAACAGAGCAACUUGAACAAACUGGUCUCCCAGCAUGAUGUUGCGUCCGACGUCUACAAAGCUUCAACAGCGUCUUCCAAUAAACCGACUCCAGCUCGCACAACAACUCAAGAUGGAAUUGCUGUGCGUAUGUCAAAAACUACGGAAAAGUUGGAGGGUAAUGAUAUAACUAUGUCAGUGAAGAUUUAUAUUCCAUCUCCACCAGCCGGCAUCAAAUGCAGCUAUAUUGGACGUCUUAUUGGACCAAAUGGAAUUACUAUCAGGGAAUUGCAGCUAGAAACUCGUUGUCACAUUGCUGUCCGAGGCCGAGGAAGCAUCAAGGAUAGCAGACUGUUUCGGAAGAUGCGUCACAAACCUGGAUUUGGACACCUCAGAGAAGACACCCAUGUUCUAGUUGAAGCGAAAGCUGCAAAUCGCGCUGAAUGUCGCUCAUUAAUCGAGAAGGCAAAAAAACGUAUUUCGGAUAUGUUUACCCCGGAGUUUGAUUCUCUUAAAAGAGAACAACUCAUCCAUCUGGCUAUGUUGAAUGGAACAUAUAGACAAAGCAUUACAUCAGCAAAACCUACGUGAUACCAUAUAAGUAUUACAGUUGCUUCGAAACCAUAUUCAGUUAUUUGAGUAAAUUUGUAAACAAUUCUUCGUUUGCGAC